GAGGGUCACAGCUAGACGGCGCGCGACGACCCGGUGGCUCACCCAGUUAAAUCUAGAACUUGCGAAGAACGGGAGGAUUUAUUACUGGACUUGAAGGUUAGAAAUUACUAGUACGAAUUUUCGAGAUUCAAUCAGCUCUUUCUCGGUCUUUCGAGGUGAAAAUUCAUAUCGAAUCAGCUUGGAUUCCUUUCUUGAGCCCAAGAUAUUUGAGAGGAAUCUCUACUGAAGAACGUCGCUUUGACUGAUUCUGAGAUGCCAAGUUUUUAGUUUGGCGUCUCCUGGCAAUUUUGUCGAGUAUUUUGAUCUGGGGUUUCUUGAUAUUGCCGAAUUUGAGCAAAUCUCGUGCUACCUGCAGUCGUGAAAGUUCCAAUGCGUAGGCGAAUGAGAAGGUAAUUGAGGUUUCUACAGAUGGGGAAGCCUUUGUUUUACGAGAUCUUGGAGAAACCUGCGACGAGCUGCGUCGUAGGAUUGUGCUGUGCAAUAUGGUUCUACAUUCAGAAGAAAGGGAUUGGUUAUUCGCAUGUUGGACUGAGCUACGACGCCGCCAUGGAAGGGCACUAUUGGCGGAUAAUUACCUCGGCGUUCUCGCACAUUAGCGUCUUGCAUCUUGUUUUCAAUAUGAGCGCGCUUUGGAGUCUUGGAGUGGUAGAACAGCUGGGGCACAUGGGUCUUGGCGUGGCGUAUUAUCUGGAGUACACCCUUGUUCUGGUCAUUCUGUCGGGGGUGCUUGUAUUGGGAAUUUACCGUGUAUUGAUUCAUCGAUUCAAGAUAGAGUAUUUUCGGAGAGUCACGGCUGUUGGGUAUUCCUGUGUUGUCUUUGGGUGGAUGACGAUUCUUGCUGUGAAGCAGCCCUCAUCGAAGCUCGACCUUUUCGGAUUUCUUUCACUUCCCAUCAGUUUUGCACCUUUUGAGUCCCUAAUUUUCACUUCUAUCAUUGUUCCCCAGGCAAGUUUUCUUGGGCAUUUGUCGGGAAUCAUUGUUGGGUAUGCUGUUGCUUGGGGUGUGAUUCAUGGAAUGAAUAGUUAUUGGGCUAUUUCAAUGCUGGGAUGGGUUGUGGUUGUGUUCAUAUAUAGUUUGAAGCGAUCCGGCGCCUAUGAUUUAAACUUUCUCGAGAUUGAAUCUGUUACUGAUCCCUCCUUGCCUUCGGUGCGAUUUGUCGCAACCGGGAAUGGUAGAACUAUGCAAAUGACUCCUCUUCCAGUUGGAGGUGUUGAACUUGUGUGACCUUUAGCUCCGCUUCCUUCUCUUAUAAGGGUGGGAGCUGGCUUGGGGCUUGACUCCCUUGAUAUUUUCCAUGAUGCUCAAUACAAUAGUGAUUUUUUUUGCCAAGAUUCUAUUCACUUCGCAAAGAUUUCACUAUUCUGUAAAUGUGUUUUGGUGAAUCACUCUGUUGUACGGCACUGAUACAAUUUGUCUGCAUUAUUACAUUAGCAGAUGGUUGUCAUUGCUUCCUUUUGUGGUGCAUAUUACAGAGUUAGCUAUCUACUUCGGUUAUUUUGUCAAUGAGGACGCUUUCUUAUGCUUUAUG